CAAGAAGUGGAUGAACAAAUACAAAGGAACUAAAAAAGAACAAAUUUUAUUUUCUCAAAACAAAGAGAGAGAAAGAGAGAAAAAAGAAACUGGAAGGUUUAAUAUUUAUAUAAACAACAAAGCUGGAGAAAUAGACAAAGAAAAGGCAAAAUUUUCUCUGUCAUUGCACAGUCAUACCUACUUAUCUGUAAUAAAGCAAGAAUAAACGUUGAAAUCCUUGAUUGCAUUCAGCGAAAGAAAAACGAUAAGGAAGGUGUUUGAGGAUAAAAUAUCCUAAUAAAAUGGACACCCUCGCAAAAUUACGACGGACGGCAUUUUCCCCAUUUGGUGCGAAUAAUCAAGAGCCAUUAAUUGUAGUUGAAGAAUCAGAACAUGACGAGCGAGACGAAACGGAAGAAAGUCAAAAAUCGUCAUCACCACGCCAAAGUUUAGACAUUGAUUCACCCGUGAAUCCUUAUCUUUUGUCGCCAUGGCGUGAUCCACGCGAAACAAGAAAACAUUCACUUCCCACACCACCAUGUACAAGUGGCAUUACCGCAAGCCAAGUAAGAAGAUUAUCUGAACGAGGUGGUGAGGGAUCUGGGCCUUCACCAAUGGAACAAGCAUUUUUGGCAACUCUUUCACAAGCUCCAGCACCACAACCAGGAGGUAGACGACAUUCAGUUGUCACAAUUUCAAAAGUUCCAUCAACAUUAUUUGGUAGAUGCCGCAGAGAAUCAAUUGCUGCUGUACCAAAUUUUCAGCGAUCCACGCCUGGAACAUCACGUAGAGAGAGCUUUGCAGGUGGACCCCCAUCAACAGAUCUACGCGGUAGUAUACAUAAUUUACAACUAGACAUCAUGGAUGAUAUCGUACAAGCACGCAAGGCUCGUAUGAAAUUAUGGAACACGAGCAAUGAGAAAGUUUGCGAGGUACAAACAGUGGAUGAAGCUGGAACAUCAUCCGCUCAACGUUACACAAAUAGACGUUUUUCCGAUUUUAUUCAAUCCACAUUAGCACCCAUACCACAACACCAACACCGUCGUGCGUCUGAGAAUCCAAGCAUGCUAUCUCCCAGUGUGACUCGUGCUCCAAGUCCAAGUCCAUCUAAAAAAGCUGGCAUCAUAUGUACUAAUACUGAUUUAAUCUCUUUACUUUCAUCAUUAGCCUCUUCCGCUACUGAAAUAAAUCGAAUAAAUGAAGUGCCAACACCAAUUCUCACGCAGCCACCAUCAUCGAAAAACCAAACAUCGUCAGCAUCAAGUAACAAUUUCUUGCGACCAGAACGUAAAAGUAGUCUUAAGAAAUCGAAUCGAUCAAAUAGCUUUGAUGUGUCAAUAUUGAAAGGCGUUAAGCAACAGUUCACAGAUGAUUCAAAAACAUCGUCCUCAUCAAAUGCGGCUGGUAGUGGUUGGUUUACCAAACGACACAUGCCUGCUUCAAAACGGCAAAAUACAGUUAAAUCAUCCGCACAAGCAACAGUAUCAUUUGCUCGUGAGACAUUUGACAAGUUAACCGAUAAUUCAUCAAAUAAUAACUCACCAUCGUCACGUGAUAAGACAGCAACUGCCGCCGCAGCAGCAGCAGCAAAGAAAAAGAAGGAACAUAAAUCACCACUUAAUCGUUUGAAAUGGGACGGAAGGAGUGCAAUUGUUGAUGCUCGUAUUAUUGGAAGUGCCAUUGAAGGCUUUCUUCGUGGAGGAAGCUCAUCAUCAUCAAAUAGUAAAAAUUCUAAAGAUUCGUCACGGUUAAAAAAGGGCUCUACAUCAACACCAACAAAAACUGGCUGGUUUAGUCGUACAACCGAAGAUGAGGAUUCAAGCGGUGACACUUGCGAUACAUCAUCCCUUUGCGCUACAUUGAAGGAUUUAUUUGUUAAAUAAAUCACUUAAUUUUAUUAUUUUAAAGCACCGUCUCUACGGUGAUGGCAAAUAUUCAUACGACUGCUUUUAUAUUUUUUUAAGCCUUGUCAAUUAACCAGAACCCUUUUUUUACUCACCAUCACUGCUUCGUUUUAAUUUCUACAAUAUUUUUGUACAUUUUUUCAUAUGCAUGUCUGUAGAAAAAAUAUAUUUACCUGUCAAAUGACUACAAUGAU